AUGCUCGAAAGGCGCAUGCAGGAUUUGCAACAAGAAUGUCGACACAUUUCGAAUGAAUAUCAUACAUUCGGAGAACAACGGCCAAAGGAAAAUGAGUGCGGAGUGACUUCUCUGCAAAUCUUCGAUGGCCGUGGGAAGCCUCACUGGUUCAAGGUCGCUCGCAUUGAGUACCUGACGGAAAGUCUCCAGCAGAGCAAGCUCACCAACGAAGACAAAGGAGGUGCGUCCACAAGUCUGCUCGGAUGCAACGAUGCGUUUUCUCUUAUCGACGACAAGGAUCGGGAAAUGAAAACGUUGCCUUCAGGACUACGACUAAUCCCCUCACUGCUGGGAUAUCUCGUCAAUGGGGGAAUUCAUGAACACAAUCAAGAAAGCGCAGUAACUGCCCUUUCGUCAACGACAACAAAUGAAGAUGCGAAAUGGGCAGAAUUUCUCGCGCUACAGUCCUCUGGAAUUCAGGAGUUUGCCGGUACCAAGGCUCAGGAGCAAGAGCAAGUCAACAAGAUGGUACGGAAUAGUUUCGAAUCCACAAUCGAGCGCCAUAACGAUGGAUACCAUGUCCGACUACCGUGGAAAGAAGACGCACACUUGUUACCGGACAACAAGCCCAUAGCAUUCAAACGCCUUUGCUCCAAUCUUGUCAAGCUUCGAACUACGCCGGACAUACUGCAGCAGUAUCAAAAGGCUUUUCUAGACCAAAUCCACAAAGGUAUUAUUGAGAAAGUAGAUGCUCAGCAGCCUGCCAAUGGAAACAUCGUCCACUACCUCAGUCUCCAAGCUAUGAUUACGCCGAUGAAGGAGUUCACCAAGUUGAGAGUUGUGUUCGACACCUCAGCACAUUUCAAGAUCAGGCCAAAGCGUCAUUGA